GAUUGGGCGUCGCCCGUCAGCUUUAGCCAAAGCAGCUGCCGCCACGGGUGCGAGCACCAUGGAGCCACGUGGCCGAUUGGAGGAGGUGGUGUUUGAGACACCUGACCCUCCGCAGCGGUCCGUGCCAUCUGCUGCUCCGUCAAAGGUGACUACGGAAGGUCUUGACACAUCCGGGACAUCUGUGAAAGAUGCUUUCGACACCUUUGCAAAGAAGGAGGCCAGCGGUGGUGUCGGUGUCCGUCGUCAGCGACCGAAGCGGGAGUUCCAGGUGAUGGGCCAGAGCAUGUUCGAGCCUCCAGAACAACGGCUGGCACGGCUGCAGGCCGAGGUGUCCGAGCUGUUGAAAUAUACAGAGGCCUCGGCUUGCAAGGACCCUGCUGCAGCUGAGUUGCUAGGCGCUGAUCCCGCGACGAUGUCGACGGAGCUGAAGGUGCUUGAGCAGAGAUUGACUGGCUUAGCCGAUGGGUCAGCUUCCUGGGGUCGAAGCAGCGGGCGGAACCAGGCGAAUGGGUAUUCUAUGCCUGCAUCUCUAGUGAGCCAAUUGGAGCGAAUGGCCACUGCCGAUGUACCAGCUGGAAGUGCUCACGCAUCUGGGCAAGUGACAUAUGAGAUUCACUACACCCCAAGCGUGGCCAGUAUCAGUGACGGCGCAAAGAUCGCGUCCAUGGAGAGCAGCAUUGCGGAGAUCGAGAAGCAGCUGGGCGUGUUGCAGCCAUCCAAUCCGUUUCCGGAUUUGGAGACCGCCAUCACGCAACUCCACAAGAGAAUCUCUCUUCUGGAUGGUCAGAAAUUGGAGACCAUUCACAAGAGCCUUGACAAGGUUCUGGCUGAAGUGCAGAAGGUCCUCAGCAAGAAGGCGGAGCUAGAAGGCACCACUGACAAAGAGUUGGAUCAGAAGGCGCCAAUGCCAACACCUAUGAUGCACCAAUUCCAAUUGCAGAUCUUCAUGGCUUCAGAUUUCUGUCAGUGGUCCAUGACCUUCUACCAACAAGAGGGGAGAACCGCGGCUUGUGGGCUACAGGAGUUUUUUGUUCAACUUGCAGUUGGAGAAGGCCUUGAAUCCCAGGUGAGCCAGCUGUACGACUUUUGUCAUCGUUGGAGUGCCACGGCGGCUUCGCUGCCCUUGAUUGUAGCCCGUCUUCAAUCGCUUCAGGCCUUACACUUGCAGAGUGCAUCCUUUGCCUCCCGGCUCAAUGCGCUGGAGAAGCAGCAGGAAGAGCUGGCAAAGCUGCUCGAGACCACCUCCGAAGCUGUUCAGGAUCUUCAUUCUGGGCUUCGGGAAAACAUGAGCAUUGUCAGAGACAACAUGAAAAGCCUCGAGGAGAAGCUUGCGCAGGCGGUGCGCAGCUGACGACUCGAGGAGCUGAGCUUGAAAGUUGGGACUG